CCAAUUACCUCAAGUCCAACAAGCACAACCCAAAAAGGGGCGGUUUUGAACUGGAUUUCUCGGCGCCCAAAUCCGAAACCCUAGAGAAACCCCCAGGUACUCUCUCAACCGAAAUCGAAGAAAAUGGAGGAGCACGACAUCGAUGAAACCGAGCAGAAGCUCGAAGCGGAGGUAGCUCCGGCUCUAGUUGCGGUCCACCCCAAUCAGAAAUUCGUAUCUGUCUCCGUCGGGUCGGAUCUCCGGGUUUUCGAUUUCCAACAUGGUUCUGCAGCUCAAUUAUUGGAUGAAGUUGGGGGGCACAGAGAUUCUAUUCGCGCCGUCCGGUACAGUAAAAGCGGGAAGCUUUUUGUGUCGGGUGGAGAUGAUAAGCUGGUGAAAGUUUGGGAUACUGAUUCUUGGCGUUGUGUUUAUUCAGUGGUUUCGGAGAAGAGAGUGACCUCUCUUGCAGUAAGUGGUGAUGACAAAUUUGUGGCUUUUGCGGAUAAGUUUGGUGUCGUUUAUGUCGUGGAUAUAGGAGAUUAUGAUGAAGAAAAUCUAGCUCCGGUUGAUAAGAAAGCAGUUCCAAUCCUUUCACAUUAUUGUAGCAUUAUUACUCGACUGGAGUUUUCACCAGAUGGGCAAUAUAUUAUUAGUGCUGAUCGUGACUUCAAAAUUCGUGUCACUUUCUUUUCCAAAGAGCGCUUAAAAGGUCCUCAUGAGAUACAAUGUUUUUGCCUUGGUCAUACUGAGUUUGUUUCCUGCCUUGCAUUUGUCAGUAAUCAGGAUUAUGCACGAGGCCUUUUAGUCUCUGGAAGUGGUGAUUCCACAGUUCGACUGUGGAAUUUUGCCUCUGGUUCUCUGCUUGAUACAUGUGAGGUUAGUGCUAAGGCAGGACUUUUAAAUUCUAAUCAAAAGAAAGAAGAGGAGGUGUUGCCCGCUGUAACCGAUCUUUGCGAAACAUCUGAUGGCUCGCUAGUUGCUGCUUCUAUUCAGAGCUUGCAAGGGGUAAUGCUAUUAAGAUGCAAUUUUUCUGCUGGGACUCUCUCCAUUGCCAAAGUGGUUUCUGUUGCAGGAGAGACAUUCAUUCCAACAAGUAUCUCAGCUGCCUCUUCAGUCCCAUUGUUGUGGAUGGUCAUGGGCGCAUCCAGCUUAAGUGCUACCGAUUCUGCUCUCUUAGCUCGUGUGAGAGUCGUUUCUGGGUUUGGUGCUGACCAUUCAGAAUCCGUUGUGCCUGAGACUUCAGUUUUAGAAGAUAAAGAGAUACCUGGAGGAGAGCCUCUGCUUCUAGCGUUGCAAGGAAAAUUGACAAUAGGGGAAGAAGCAUUCUCAACAGCUGCUGAAGCAGUGAAAACAGCAAUGCGCAAUUUGCUGAUCAAGAAGCAAUAUUCAGCAGAGAGACGGGAUUUCAGAAAGCGGGGACGAAAUGAUAAGAAGAAUCAACCAUAGUCUGUGAGUUUCUCACUGGAACUACUCAUGGAUUCUCAUGAUAAUUUUGUAGUAUAUGAAUGCAUCUAUUAGUUAAGUGCUAUGGAAUCGUUGUUUUCUUAUGAUUCUUUAGCAUGCCCUAAAUCUUGCUGAUUAUUUUUUUUAUUAUUAUUUUUUUUGAUUAUUUACAAGAGACAUUUUGGAGAUAUGAAAUGUAAUCAUAUUAACUUACA